CCGCCUCGGGUCCCGCCGCGGCUCCGCGGCUGCCACGUCAGCGCAGCGUCCGUCGGUCCGUCCGCAGCGAGCGGCAGGAUGGGGAAGGUGGCGGCGGCCCUCGGCGCCGAGCUGGGCGUGCGGCUCGCCCUGUUCGCGGCCUUCCUGGUAACGGAGCUCCUCCCGCCUUUCCAGAGGCGGAUCCAGCCGGAGGAGAUGUGGCUUUACCGGAAUCCGUUUGUGGAAGCGGAGUAUUUCCCCACCAAGCCCCUGUUUGUGCGUGGAGAGCGAGCCUUCCUCGGCCCCUUGAUCCCUAGUGCUGAGCUUGCGGCUCGAGAACGCCCGCGGGGGUUCCGACUGCUCCCUCGGACGGUCAUUGCAUUUCUCUCCCCGCUGUCUCUGAUCCUCCUGGCCAGAUGUCUCAGGAAGGCAGGCCCCACAGACAGCAGGCAGGCCUGCCUGGCUGCCAGCCUCGCCCUGGCCCUGAGCGGGGUCUUUACCAACACAGUAAAACUGAUCGUGGGCAGGCCACGCCCAGACUUCUUCUACCGCUGCUUCCCUGAUGGGCAAGCCCAUUCUGACUUGACGUGCACCGGGGAGAAGGACGUGGUGAACGAGGGGCGCAAGAGCUUCCCCAGUGGACAUUCCUCCUUUGCAUUUGCUGGUCUGGCCUUCGCUUCCUUCUACCUGGCUGGCAAGUUACAUUGCUUUACCCCACAAGGCCGUGGCAAGUCUUGGAGGCUCUGUGCUGUUCUGUUGCCUCUCCUCCUUGCAUCUGUGAUUGCGCUGUCCCGCACCUGUGACUAUAAGCAUCACUGGCAAGAUGUACUAGUCGGAUCCAUGAUUGGCCUGACAUUUGCCUACGUCUGCUACAGGCAAUAUUAUCCUCCUCUGACGGAUGCAGAAUGCCAUAAACCAUUUCAGGACACACUUGUACUUCCCACUAUACAGAAGCCUGCUGAUCCGCAUCAUUUUAGUAUUUAGAAAUUGGUACUACCUCAAUUGAGAUUACGUGAAUCAGCCCCUCUUAACUGCCCAAGAAGAAUGUCUGACCUUUUUACUCUGAAGAGAUACAAGCAAGGACAUAAGCACUUCAUCUGUCUCCAUAUAUUAAUGCAGUUUUGCUCACAUGCAUUUAUCAUGAGUCAAGGUUCAAGGUUCUUUUUCAUGACUCUCUGCCUCACAUUCUGAUAAAAAGAUCUUCUGUAGAGUCCAUUGGAUUGGUAUUCUAAUAUCUACAGUGUUUUACACUUAAAUGCCAUUCUUGGAAGGGUCUUUGUUCACAAAGAAGCCUUUACAUAUCCUAGGACCUAGAGUUAAAUUUCCAUUUUCCAUAGUUCAAAAUCUUAAAACCCAGGACAUGACCAACUCAAUUAUUUUGGCUCUGUUUACUUUCUCUGGUGAUAAUUCCAUGAAAACUUAAAUAGGAAAAUGUCCAGUUCUGGCUUUUUUUUUUUUUUUUUUUUUUUUACCACUUUACACAUGUAUCUUAUAUUGCUGUCCAUUUUGAAUACUGUGGGCAUAGAUUAUUUAUUGAAUUACUAAAUAAUUUAUUUUUUUAUUUUUUUAAAUUUCUUUAAAUGGUAAAACAAACACCAGUUGCUAGUAUUGAAACCACACUCCUGACCUGUGUUCACAAGCUUCUUUCCCUCCAUGCAGGACUGAAGAUCUGCCCAAAUGCAUCAACUCUGAGAAUUGGCAUUAUAGAUGUCACUACCCGGAAGACAAAUGAACUUUUCCUGUCCCUUCUUCCUAAUGGGAUAUAAGGGACAAUUACAGGACGUUAUCAGAACCGAUGCUAUAGGACCUACAACUGCCCUUCUCUUUGUGAUUAUGCUUUAAAUAUGACCUUGUCUUACAUGCUUCUUUCUAUAUUUUCAGUGUAUCUUUUUCCUUCAGAAAAUGUGACAAAGAAAAUGUGACAAAGAAAA